AUGUGUAAUAUCAAAAUUUCGGAUGGUUUUGCGGUUUUUGGGGGGAUUUUGAAGAAGGGUUUCAGCCCUGAUGCUGUGACUUUUACGUGUUUGAUUAAAGGUCUGUGUGGAGAAAAAAAGAUUUUGGAGUCAAGGGAGUUGUUUAAGAAAAUGGUUGCUUUUGGUUGUAGGCCUAAUGUGAUCACUUAUACCACUCUAAUUCAUGGUUUGUGUUGUGUGGGUGAUUGGGAGAAGUGUAAAAGUUUAUUUAUAUUGAUGAUGGAUCAAGAUAGAAUUGGUGAUGCAAGAGAGGUGUUUGAUUCUACAACUAGAAAGGGGUAUAGACCUAAUGUUGUUUGCUACACUACUUUAAUCAAUUGGUGCUGCAAAAAUAGAAAUAUUUACAAGGCUCUUUAUCUUUAUCGUAACAUGAUUUCCGAAGGAAUUAGGCCUGAUGUGAUUACAUAUAACACCUUGAUAACUGGACUUUUCCUUAAUGCAUUGGAAAUGUUUAAUACUUUAGUAGAUGAUAAGUUUGCAGUUGACCUUGAAAGUUUGAGUUCCCUCAUUGAUAGAUUGUAUAAAACAGGGAGAUUCGAAACUGCUUGGGAGCUAUUUCAGAAAAUUUUUCGUCAAGAAAACCUAGUUUCGAAAGUUGUAACAUAUGCCAUUUUGAUCAAUGCGCUUUGUAAAAAUGGACAACUAGAAAAGGCAAAUGAGUUGUUCUCAAAUAUGGAGGAAAAAGUUUAUGCUCCUAAUGUAUUCACAUUCAAUAUGCUUUCCUCAAGAAUAAUGAGAGUAGUAUCCUUGUCAGGAGAGCAUUAUUUGACAACAUUGAAAUAUGAAACUGCAAGAGCUUCAGCCAGCUGUGGAAAGGCUCUAUCUUUGUUACCGUACGAAGAAUGCAGUUGA